UUCUCUACGUGUCCUUAAAUGCCUCUACAUAUCUAGAUGCUCACCAUUGGUAGAACUGAGCAGCUCUCAGUUUUUACUAAAACUCCAUCUAGAUUCAUCAACAUGGGCAUGGUUUUUGGGAAGAUCAGUGUCGAAACUCCGAAGUUUGAACUGAUUCAGUCGACUUCAGAUUACGAAAUACGCAAAUAUCCACCCUCUGUUGUAGCCGAAGUCACAUACGACCCAUCUCAAUUCAAGGGCGACAAAGACGGGGGCUUUCAAGUGUUAGCUAAUUACAUUGGAGCCUUUGGCAAUCCGCAGAACACCAAGCCUGAAACGAUCGCUAUGACUGCUCCAGUCAUUACCAAAUCAGAAAAGAUUGCCAUGACAGCCCCUGUGGUGACAACGGGUGGUGACGAUGAGAAGAAGACGGUGACAAUGGGGUUUAUUCUGCCAGAGAAGUACAAGAAGGCGGAGGAGGCUCCGCAGCCGGUGGAUGAGAGGGUGGUGGUAAGGGACGAAGGAGAGAAAAAGUAUGGGGUGGUGAGGUUUGGAGGAGUGGCGACUGAUAAUGUGGUGGAAGAGAAGGUGGAUAAGCUGAAGAAGAGCUUGGAGAGAGAUGGGUUUAAAGUUAUUGGGGAGUUCUUGCUGGCUCGGUAUAACCCACCUUGGACUUUGCCUCCUUUCAGGACUAAUGAGGUUAUGAUUCCAAUUGAAUGAUCAGUUUGCAGGGGAGCUGGGUCUGUGCUAUUUAUUUUUAGUACAAUGUUCUGUGUGUAGUUUUCAAUCUAUAUUGAUGUAAUACUGAUGAAGUAUGUUUUGAAACAAAUAAAAUAAAUUACCCCGCUCUUUCUUCA